GGAGUCUGGCUUUGAGGAGAGCAUAGAUCAGUUUCAGAUAGACAGCUUGUAAAUGGAUGUUUUGAUAUGGUUUUGCUGUUGUUAAAACAUGUUUUGUGACUUCAGUUCAUCAAGAAUAUUCUCAGUUUUAGGAUUCUUCGUUCACUGAAGGCCUGCAAGAAAAACUCCUCAAAAAUGUAGAGUAACACAGAGAGAGUAGCUGAUAUAGGCUGACAAAUGGUCAUUUUGAGGGAAUAUUCCUUUAAUGUGACAUGAUGGUGUUUUCCCAGUCUGCAGCCUCCCUGACCCCUGUCUGCACACUGUAGCACUCUCUCACACAUGCACACACACACACACUACAGACUCCUACUCUCUCAUAGUCUUGUCCUUCCCUGAGCUUCAGAUGGCUUACCAGGUCCUUAAUCUGUCCUCUGAGUAACAUCACCCUCCAUACACUCCUCACAGGACAGCGGGGGAGAGGGAGGGAGGGGAAGCAAGAGGUGGUGGUGGUGGUGGUGGUUUAGGGAAGGUGAAUUAGCCCGGCAGUGAAGCGGAGAAGACUUAGUCGGAGCACACAGGAUCACUCUGACACACUCUGUCAGGGCCAUGGCAGCAGGCAUAGAGGAGCGGGACACACACAUGGAGGAGCUGGUGGACCAGGGCCUGGGGAUGGAGGAGACGGCCCACGGCCUGCUGAGGCGGCCCUCGCUGAAGGAGAGCUACCACAGUGACUCCCUGCUGGCGCCUGACACUGACUUCAUGACAGAUGACCGCAGUUCGGCAGCCAGUGGCCUGGACGUUGCCGACCGGCUGACCUACCUGGAGCAGAGGAUGCAGAUGCAGGAAGAUGAGAUCCAGCUGUUGAAGAUGGCUUUGGCUGAUGUCCUCAAGAGGCUCAACAUCUCUGAGGAGCACCAGGCAGCUGCAGCCUCUGCUGCUGGCAGGAGAGCACCAGGUGCAAAAGCCCGACCAGUGUCUCUGGCUCUGCCCUCCAGACCGCCCAUGGUGACCUCCAGUACUGCCUCCCUAAAGAAGAGCUCCACACUGCCCUCCAGCUCCACAGCCAGGAACUACAGCCCAACACCACCUCGCAGUGGUGUGAGGAGCCCACCAGGUAGUGUGAAGGAUGCUAAACGACCCACCUCUGCAGCCUCCUCCUGUAAGAAGCCUUCAGAAGGCAAACCCAAGGAGGCUGCAGUAAAUGUAGGGACGAGGCGUGUGACACACUGCAAAGUGACUAUGCAGAUCUAUCUGAGCCCCCUCGCAAGAAAGACUGGGUCUUCUGAGACCGCCAAAUCCGCGGCCGCUGUGCCUGCCAACAGCAGGCCCGCGGCAACAUCCAACAAGCCUCAGGCGAAGGGGGGCAGCAAGCCGGAGUCGAAGAAGACGACCCCGUCCUUCACUUUGAACCUGCAGAAAACCACAACCAGCCAGAGCACGCAGCAGGACACAGCCAGCUACAAGAGCCCCCUCAAAUCACCCAGCCAGUACUUUCAGAUUUGUUACUGAGGCAGGAGGAUAGAUUUGAUACGAACUUCUCUCUGCCAUUGAACCCAAACUAAUUAUUUAAGCCUCAAACGACUACUUGAACUUAAAAGACUUUCUUUCAAUGUCUCAAAAACGAGAAAUUGAUUCGAACAGCCCAGUCGCAAAAAGAAAAUGUUGGCAUGUGUUUCUGUAAAACACAGAUGUGUUACAAUUGUACGUUUCAUUUCGUACUAUCAUAUCAGCGUUUCUAAAGUGAUUUCUGAUUACAUGGAUAUCAGCUGAGUGUCAUCAGGAGCUGGUGGAGAUGGUGGAUGGCGAGAGGCCUCUUUUAGUGAGGCAUCAUAACAUUUUCAGCAGCGAUUCUGCCACCAAUCUGGGUGUUUUUAGUGAGACAUCGUGGCAUUUCCUGUGGUAAUUGUGCCAUCAGAACUCAUUGUGUUUCAGCAAAACAACAUGGCAUUUGUAGCAGCAAUUCUGCUACCAGAACUGGGUGUUUUCAGUGAGAUGUGGCAUUUUCAAGGGUGAUUGUGCACCCAAAACUGGUUGUUUUUUUAGGGAGACACCAACCUCAUUUCCAGCAUUUUAUUGUGCCAUCAGGACAGUUUGUUUUAGCAAGACAUGGCAUUUCUUGUGGUAAUUGAGCACCCAAAACUGGAUGUUUUUAGCAACACAUUGGCAGCUUUUCCACUGGUGAUUGUGCCACCAAAACUUGGCAUUUUUUUUUAACGAGACAUUGAGGUAUUUCCAGUUUUCAUUGUGGCACCACAGCUGGGUAUUUUAAGCCCAGACAUGACCUCUUCCCAAACAUUACCAAGUGUUUUUUGUGCCUAAACAUAACCAAACGUUAACCACGGCAACAUACAAAUGUUACACUCAACAGAAACGUUCAAUGCCAACAUUUAUUCUGGUGAUUGGGUUGUUUUAAAACGGGUAUAUGCAGUUAUUAAACUGCAGGGAUGGCUUGAUUUUCCUCUGUAGUGCAUCCUGACUUGGUUGCUUUUUGGUAUCUGCAACAUGAGCAGUCACAGCAUUUAGAAACAUUCCCACUAACACGUUUGAGUAAGUGUCGAUACAGUGUUUUAUUUAUUUCAAGUGUAGUACAGUAUGAAAGCUUUAAUGCAUUUUUAGCCUCCUCUGAGACCACUGUAGUCGUAGAUCAGUCUCCCACGUCUGCGUAUUGUUUCACUGAAUGCCUGUGUGUACUGUAAACGUUCUCUCCAUCACUGUGUGUGUGUCUGUAGUCGUCUUUGAGCACUGACUGUGUUUGAUAUCAAUGAGUGUGUGUCAAUGAGUCUGUCUCAUACCCGUGUGCUGUGAUGUUUCUAGUUGUUUUGUAGAUGAUGUUCCAUUUGAAGCUUAGCGACAAUACAGUGUGUACCAGAAUCAGUCAGAACGACUCAUUCUAGUUCAGGACAAACAAUAAAAAAACUUAAAUCACUAA